AUGAUAAAGGCCCCUUUGCAAUGCUGGGAUAACUCUACCAGAGGCCUUGACGCAAGUAAUGCGCUUGACUUUGUCAGGGCUUUGCGCCGCGCCGCCAAUGAGCAGCAAAAGUCCAUUGUGGCCACUCUGUAUCAAGCGGGAAACAGCAUCUACUCUCAGUUCGACAAAGUUCUCGUCUUAGCCGACGGCCGUCAAAUUUACUACGGGCCCACGAGAGAUGCGAGAAAAUAUUUCGAAGAUAUGGGCUUCUUGAGCCAACCUGGAGCUAACACCGCCGACUUUCUUACUUCUGUUGUAGUCGAGACAGAAAGAUUGAUCCGAUCUGGGUUUGAAGAUAGCGUACCCCGCUCAGCUCCCGAAUUUGAGACCCGUUAUCGAAAUUCCGCCACGUAUAGCCAAAUGAUGGAAGACAUCGAUCUUGUUCCGAAAGAAUCAUUGAGCGAGGAAAUCAGGAUUCUCAACAGCGUUUACAGUCUUGAAAAGACACGGACAAUCGAAACCCUGUCGAGGCAACACUUUGGGUUCGCGUCGCAGAUUAGCGGAUGGGUUAUCAUGGCGAUGAUGGUUUACGGAGGCUAUCUCAUUCCUGUUGCCAGCAUUCACCCGUGGUUCCGCUGGAUAUGGUACAUCAACCCAGCGGCAUAUGCCUUCAAUGCCGUUCUGGCUAGCGAAAUGGGCACAAUGACUUUGACAUGCAUUGAGCCACAAUACGUACCGUUUGGGGGCACCUAUAACGAGAGCGCUUUCAGAAGUUGCACCGUCGCGGGCUCUGCCCCUGCUGUGCAACUGAUUGACGGCGAGUCCUUCCUCCAGGUGCAGUAUCGCGCAAUGGUUUCCGAGAUCUGGCGCAACGUUGGGAUCCUGGUCGCCUUCUGGGUUUUGUUUGCCCUCUUAACCGCGUUGGCUUCCGAACUCAAUAUCCAUAGGGAUUCCGGCUCUAAAGUCCUAUUUCACCGACGCAACCAGCGGAAGGAGAUGUGUCGACUUCAGGACAGCGAAAAUGCUGCCGAACGCCAGCCUGCAACUUCCGACUCUGAAACAGAACACAAGUCAUCGCAUCUUGUCCAAACUGUUUUCACAUUCAAGGACAUCAGUUACUAUGUUCGUCACCAAGGCCACGAAAAGCAGCUCCUGAAAGACGUGUCGGGAUACGUCAAGCCGGGACAGCUGGUGGCCCUCAUGGGAAGCUCCGGCGCCGGAAAAACGACGUUAAUGGAUGUGCUUGCGCAGCGUAAGGACGGUGGCAGGAUUGAAGGUAGUAUCAUGGUCAACGGCAAACCCCAAGGGAUCAGCUUCCAGAGAACGACAGGAUACUGUGAGCAAAACGAUGUCCACGAACCCACAGCCACCGUCUGGGAGUCUUUGCUGUUUUCUGCUAGAUUACGACAAAGCUAUGGCACCCCGGACAGCGACAAGGUCCAACACGUUCAACACAUCAUGGACCUGCUCGAACUGACGUCCCUCAAGCACGCCCUUGUCGGCAAUCCUGGCUCUGGGCUAUCUAUCGAACAGAGAAAACGUCUGACACUGGCUACGGAGCUUGUUGCCAAACCCUCGCUACUGUUUUUGGAUGAGCCAACAUCUGGAUUAGACGGACAGUCGGCCUACCAAAUCUGUCGCUUCAUGCGAAGACUCGCAGCCUCUGGACAAACCAUCAUUUGCACGAUUCAUCAACCUUCCGCUGCCUUAUUUGAGGCUUUUGAUGUGCUUCUUCUGCUCACGAAGGGGGGAAAGACGACUUAUUUUGGUCCCACCGGAAAGAACUCCGACAUAGUUCUGGAUUACUUUUCAAGGAACGGCGCGCCAUGUGAUUUGGACGCAAACCCCGCUGAGCAUAUCGUUGAUGUUGUGCAAGGAAGGUUUGGAACUGGAACCGACUGGUCGCAGACAUGGCUUGAUUCGCAAGAGAGAACAUCAGUAAUGCAAGAACUGGAGCAACUGAACAGGCCGGGUAACUUCCAUAUCAGCGGCAUUCGGCAUUCGGACGAGGACGAGGACGAGGAAACCAAUGACGACAUCUUGGACUUCGCCGCGCCUCUAGUCUACCAAGUUCGACUAGUAACCAAACGGCAAAUGGUUGCACUCUGGCGUAAUCCAGACUACGUCUGGAACAAAAUUGGCUUGCACGUCAGCAAUUCCCUCUUUGGUGGUUUCACAUAUUGGAUGAUUGGAGACGGCUUGUUCGAUUUGCAGCUUCGAUUGAUGGCCGUCUUCAACUUUGUCUUUGUCGCCCCUGGAUGCAUUAACCAGCUUCAACCACUGUUCCUCCGCAACAGAGACAUUUUCGAGACCCGAGAAAAGAAGUCCAAAACAUAUCACUGGUUUGCCUUCAUUAUGGCACAACUCAUAUCGGAGAUACCGCUUCUCAUCCUUUGCGGAACUUUGUACUUUGCUUGCUGGUAUUUUACUGCCGGAUUUCCCGUGGAAGCCAGUAUUUCUGGCCAGGUAUAUUUUGAAAUGAUCCUUUACGAGUUCUUGUACACCUCAAUCGCACAAGCCAUUGCAGCUUACAGCCCGAACGAAUACUUUGCUGCUCUUGCAAAUCCCCUGAUAGUCGGAACCGCUCUGAUCAACUUCUGUGGAGUCGUUGUGCCAUAUGCGCGCAUCCAAGCUUUCUGGCGCUAUUGGCUGUACUACUUGGAUCCCUUCACAUAUCUCAUGGGUGCACUGCUCCAGCCCGUUAUUUGGGAUGUUGAGGUAGAGUGCAAGGCUUCCGAGCUGACUCACAUCGAUCUGCCCCAGAACACGACCUGUGGGGAGUACAUGGAUGAUUUCUUGGCCAUCAAUGCAGUAUAUGUUACCGAUAUCACUAACCAGACCAGGUGUGCAUACUGUCCCUACAGCACAGGCGCAGACUAUCUGCGGACCAUGAACAUCAACGAGAAAUAUUACGGAUGGAGAGAUCCUGGGAACGUUCCGGACGAGAAGAAAAUUGAUGAGCUGGACGGCGGUGAUGAUGAGUUCUACGAGAAUCAGAUGGACUACUGCUGGGUUGAUGACGCUCAGUGCAGCGGGCCGCGGCACACAGCGGAUCAGCAUAACACUAAGAUUUAG